GAAAUGUCGUUUUUAUUCGAUCAGAAAAAACUAACUUUACCCGAAUUUUAUAAGGGUAAAAGUAUUUUUAUAACUGGUGGUAGUGGUUUCAUAGGAAAAGUAUUAAUUGAGAAACUCUUGCGAUCAUGUCCCGAAAUAAAAAAUAUCUAUGUGUUGAUGAGGCCCAAGAAAAACAAAAGUAUGCAAGAAAGGGUUAAAGCUAUGUUCGACGUUCCGUUAUUCGAGAAACUGAAGAGUGAAAACGUCAAAGCAAUCGACAAAGUCCUAGGAAUCCAGGGAGAUGUCAGCGAAUUGAAUUUGGGAUUGAGCGAGAAGGACGUGAACACUCUCAUAAACACAGUUUCAAUAAUUUUCCAUAACGCAGCCUCUGUGAGAUUCGACGAUUUCCUGAAAUCCGCCAUAUUGACCAACACACGGAGCACCAGAGACAUCAUCACCUUAGCAAAACGGAUGAAGUCCAUAGAUGCGUUCAUUUACGUUUCCACGGUCUACUGUCAAGCAGAUCAAGAUGUGAUAGAGGAGAAAGUUUACCCCCCGAAACAUGAUUGGAGAAAGGCUAUAGAGUUGGCGGAAAACUACGACGAAGAAACUCUACAAGUGCUUUCUCAGAAAUACAUACAUCCUUUGCCGAAUACGUACACAUUCACGAAAGCUCUGUCUGAGAGAGCAGUGUUCGAUUUAUGUGAAAAUCAGCUGCCUGCCAUGAUAAUGAGACCAUCGAUAGUUACACCAACAAUCUGUGAACCUAUAGCAGGUUGGGUAGAUAACUUCAACGGACCCGUAGCCUUGAAUAUAAUUGGUGUUAAAGGUUUAUUGAGAAUAUUACUAGGUGACACUAGUACUGUGCACAACAAUGUGUUUGUGGACAAUGUAGCCAAAGGGUUAGCAAUAGCAGCUUGGAAAAAAUCAACUAUGGUGAAUCCGUGUUCAGUUGAGAUUUACAACCUAGCAAAUGAGUUCAAGAUGCCACUUUCUCACUUUCACGAGAUGGGAAAAACUAUAGCUGUUAAAAAUCCUCCAGACAGUUAUGUGAUGACCAUGACAGAUAUACUCAUAGUGAGAAAUCCAACAGUUUUCUACUUUCUUACUCUACUCCUCCAUGUUCUGCCUGGACUAAUGAUUGAUGCAUUGCUGCUAUUAUCUGGAAACAAACCUAGGAUAACCAAAAUCUACAGGAAAACCUACAUUGCCAGCAUUUCCCUCGUGAGAUUCAAUGCCAUCACUUUCCGUAUCAGAUCUGAGAAUUAUGAGGCACUUCAAAAAAUUCUGAUGAAUUCUGAUAAAUCUUCAUUCACGUACUUGUCUACGGGACAAUCGAUUCAUUCCAAGGUAGCUCAUCAGGGGGCUGUAGAUAUGUGGAUUGGAGUGAAAAAAUAUCUACUGAAUGAGACGCCGAUUGCCACCGAAGCUGCCAUCAGGAAAUAUGCAAGAUUUGUUACACUCCAAAGGAUAGUGACCCUCACUGGUAAAUUUGCAAUGGGCUUCCUGAUAGUCACGAAAUUCAUUCUUCCAGGUGUUACUUCCCUAAUCACCGAAAUAGUGGCAGACGAUGACAGCUGAGAGCGAAAGUCAUAAGGUUUUAUUUCGAUUUGUGUCCACAUCGAUGAACAUAUUUAUGUAAUUCAACAAUUGAAAUCCAUAACGUUAUUGCUAUUGAAUGAAAUAAAGCCUCUUCCUCGAA